UAGUAGUAGUAGUAGUAUCAUUAUUAUUAUUUUACAUUUUAAUUUUUUUACAUUCACGUCUGAAAAUUGUCUCAUGUUUAGCAUUAAGAGGCUGCGCAGCCGCCGCCAUCUUUGUUGUAUAUAGUUUCCAUGGUUACUGAGGUACCCGGGGAGCUGAGCGGCUGAGGCCUGGUGCUUACACAGUGUCCGUCUUUUCCAAGAUCUUUUAAUGUAUUCAGAAAGAAAAAGCCCCUUGGACAAAAAUAUAAUAUGUCUUUAAUAAAUCAAUAACAAAAACAAUACGGAAUUUACCAUUAAACCUCUGAAUGAUCAAGAAAAAAAUAACAUGUAUUUCCAAUGAGGCUAUGAGGCUAUGAAUCGUAGGAAAACAAGAUUAAUUAUAUAAUUUGGACUCCAGAGUUUUAAUACUAAGCAUCAUUUGUUAAGUGUCAAUUUUUAAAUUUUUAGUUAUUUUCGUGAAAACGAAGUCGUCAACAAACAGAUAUUUUUUCGUAUGACGUGUUUAAAUUAAAACAAUAUACAACAAUAUAAUUUCACUAAAAAUUGAUGUGCAUUACCCUACUGGUUUAUGUUUGGCUUUUCACUACAUUUCCCAAGAAUCCACGCGCCGGAACUCGCUACACGAGGCGGAAGCAUGAGAAGGGUAAGCCGGACACCCUGUGAGGACGGUCCGCUGCUGGAGGAGCAGGAGACCGAAGGCCAGCGGCAGCUUCACAGCCUCCUUCUUCAGCAGCUCGACACUGAUGUUGAUAUUAAUCGAUGUGUAGCCAAAAAGCAGUGCUUUGCUCCAGCAGCUCUCUAUCGGCCGUUUGGGGAGCAGGCAGCCGGCGUACGGAGCCUUUCACAGUUUCAGGCCCUGCAGGACACGGAGAAGGAGUUGGCCAGUCUGCGGGAGCUUGGCCUCACUGAGGCUGAGAUCCAGCUGUGGCAGAGCAAAGAUGCACCAGAGGCAGAAGAGAAGUCCCACGGCGUGUGUGCAGCUCCGUGUGCAAGACAGCAGCGGCUGCAAGUAAUCAGAGAGAAGAUCGAAGCCAGGGAGGAGCUCCUGUGUCGGCCGCAGCGCUUUGCAGCCAGCCGGCCACUGUCGCGCCGGGAGAUGGAGAUUGAACAAGCUCUUUACCAGGGGAAUGACCGGCUUGGAUUUCUUACUGCGCUUUACCAUCGAGGUGACAACAACCAGGAAGGCCAGCAGGGGGCAACACCUUCUGAUCCCAUGAACUCACUCUAUAGAGAUGUUCUCAGUAAGGAAGCUUUACCUCAAGACUCUGAGCGAGAAACACCUGCAGCAUCACAGUCUACACAGUCUGUAUGCGACCAGUCACACAGCAUUGAUAAUGAGAGAGAGAAGGACAGUUUACAGUCAGUGACAAACAGUGACAGGUCAGAAGACAACACUGAUCAUCAUUACAAACUGCAAGGUGAAAAAUGUAGGUCAUCGGGACACACCGAGUCUGGAGCUGUGACCUCACAGCAGCACACUCAGAACAAAUCGAAGCAUCAGAGUUUGGCGACUCCAGCAAAGAUAACUAUAAGCCAACCGAUCGGCAGUCUGUGUGGAGUGGCGAGGUCACAAUCAGGUGGGCCGCUGACUGUCAGAGGAGAGAUCGAGACAGUUACAGAUGAAGAAAUCCGGAUGAACCGUGAAUCUGAGGAAGGGAUACGGAGCAUACCGAGGUUUCAAAACUACCAGCCAGGAAACCCCUCCAAGGUGCUUUGUGUAAAGAACCUGAGUGCACAGGCAUCAGUGGCACAGUUGGUGGCACUGUUCUCAAGGUUUGAGCCGGAGAGCGGACCCCCAGUUUUAUACCGCCUGCUGACGGGAAGGAUGAAGGGUCAGGCCUUCAUCACGCUGCCAGAUGCUGAAACAGCCCAAAAAGCCCUGCAAUUGGCCCAUGGAUUCAGGUUGCUAGGGAAACCGCUCGUGGUGGAGUUUGGCCGCGAGCGACAGGAAGAGAAGAGACAAAGGGAGAAUGAAGUGCAGGAUGAAAAGAAAUAAAAAAAAAAACUAAAUUGGGUUUAUUUGGCACAACAUGAAGUCUUCAGAGUGAAGAAUCAGGACAAAAUGUAAUGAGUGUAUUUAUUAACAAUAACUGUUCUAAAUGAAACAGCUCUGUAAAAGGAAUGUUUUUAACAUUUUAGUUAUUUAUAAUGUUUUAUCUGAUCACCAUACAUUAGCAUUAUGAGUAAAUAUAAGUUUAGUCAGGAGUUGUGCUCGUCAUGUGCUGAUCGUCUGCAGGAAUAGAACAUGAAGGUGCUUCUGUAUGUGACCACUAGAUGGAGACAUUCAGACAUUAGUCAACUGGAUGAGCUUUGUUCAGUUCGUGUAUUGUUUAUCCUAACACUGAUGUAGUACCAGAGCAGUAUUUUCACAUGCACAUGUUCUAAUGUGCCUUCUGUUGAUGUCAGCAGUUUCAGUUAUUAUUUUCAUGAUAGUUAGACAAAUUAAAGCUAGAUCACAGAACAAAUUUUAUGUAACCUACAACUUUUAUUUGUAAAGUGUUAGAAUAAAGUGUACAGAAUAUUUUAUAUGUGAGGAAAGAGGUUUGUUUUUCCCACGGCCUGAAUCCUUGGUUCAGUUAUCUGAAACCUUUGAACCCAUUUAAUUCCUGUUUUAGUGAGUUUGGCCAACAGAGACUCUCUGGAAUUUGUUAUAUUAGAUUUUCUGUAACAAAUGUCGCAGCUAAAAGCCAAACUUCUAAGGAACCUUGAAAAAAGAGUUUUGUGUUGCAGUGCGUCUGAUUUUAAAGCUCUUUUAUGUUUUGUUGCAUCUUGACUGACUGAACAUGGUGCUUGUGUUGAUUCACCUUGAACUGAGGUGAAUGGUGAAUGAGUCCAGAGGCCAGUCUUCUGCAUUAUAUUCAUAAUAUCUCAUCGCACCUUGCUUUCAUAUUUUUCUAUGUUAUUUUUGUGUAAAUAACAGUUGCACCUGUACUCGUCUCUGAACUGACCCAGUUGUCUCAUGUAUCCUGGUUUCACGUUCCACCUGUUGGUCAAACAUAAACUGUGUAUUGAUUAGA